AUCUCUCUCAUAACGUGCUAAUGACAUUCUCACGAUUCAAACAAUAAAACGUUUUAUGCAGUGUGACCAUUUGCUCAACUAAAAGAGACAGGGCGACCCUGUGCGAUGAUUGACACGAUGAUUCGCUCAUAAGUAUCGAUGCCACACAGCGAUAGGCACAAUGUUUUUAUUAGCUAAGCACGAAGAUGCUGCGGAGAUUACUAAGGCCACCAACUAUUAGAAUAUUAUGGAAUCAAGGUGCAAGCAGCAAUCGUUAUUUGUCAAAUAAAACGGCAAACUCCAACUCAAAUGCGGCAACGGCAACAGCGCAGGAUGUGACCAUGCACAACAGCUUAUUAACGGAAUGGCGCCCCAUAUAUCGCCUGCCUCUAAUACGCCUAAUUGCCGCUUUCAAUCGUCUUAAAAUAUAUCAGGCUGUCCUAACUGCAGCCGGAGCACCAAUACUGUUUGGUUUGCAACAAGCUGGACAUAUAACAUCAGAUGUGUUUGGAAUUUACGCUACGCUGGGAAUCAGCGGUGUCGUUACGCUCACGCUGGGCAGCAUGGCGGCUUCGAAUCUAAUUGGAUUCAUCUACAUAAAUGAUCAGGAGGAUAUGCUGAAGCUCGCAUAUGUAGACUUUUGGGGUAGGCGUCAGGAGCAACUGGUGGAAAUAGACCAAAUAAAGCCGGCUUGGGAGCAGCGUAUAAGUUUCUAUCAGCGCAUUGAGCUCAUCGAUGAUGACAAACAACGCUACAAGCUGUUACAGCGGUUUGGAGUCGUCUCAGAUCCUGCGAUAUUUGAAAGCCUUUUCGGGCAUUGAGAAUUGCAUUUGACUUAGUAUGUUGUUUAGUCUUAACAAAAUGUUAUAUCUUUUUUAUUUUGUUAAACAUCGUUGAUGAGAAAAUAUUUUAU